AUGGCUGCACUGUCAGCUCAAAAUGAGGACUUGAAGAAGAAAAUUGAACAACUGGAAAUCCAAUCAAAAAAAGAUAACGAGCAAAUUCUAAUGUUAGAAGAUAAAAUAGAAAGCUUACAAAGAGGAUCUUGUAAGAAUACUAUAGAAAUCAAAAAUGUGCCAAAAGUCACUAAGGAGUCCAAAGAAGACUUACUGCAAAUGGUUAUAACUUUGUCGGAGAAUGUCGACUAUCCCAUAAUCAAAAAAGACAUCAAUGAUAUCUAUCGAGCACGUACAAAGCGUACAGAAACAAAAAAUGGCCCAAUAAUAAUAGAACUAUCUUCAACACUAGUCAAAACUGAUCUUAUGAAGAAAAUGAAAGAAUUUAACAGGAAAAAUCCUAACAAAAUUUGUGCUAAGCACCUAGGCUUCAAGACCGACGUAGAUACUCCAGUCUUUGUCUCCGAGAAACUGACCACUAAGGGCGCAAGACUCCACUUCUUAGCAAGAGACCUGACAAAGUCACUAAAAUUCAAGUUCUGUUGGACGUCGUACGGCGUCGUCUACGUUAAGAAAGAUGACAACUCCCCUACCAUAAUCAUAAAAAGUGAAGGACAAGUACAUAGUCUUAUGCAAGAUUGA